AUGAUUCAACGCUUCGCACGAGGAGCAGCAGCCAGGAGACGAGCCAGACGGCUCCGCAAGUUGAAGCAAGAGCGGGAUGAGUUUGCUGGCGAGCUGGAACGCCAGCAGCAACAUGAGCAGGAAGAGAAGAGGAAAUAUGCUGUAAAUCGGCGAAUGCACCCAAGGACGCAGGAGGAUUUCGAUCUUCUACAUGAGGAACUGGAGGCGUGGAGAGUUCAGGAAACAAGAAAGAUUAAGGAUCGUGGGAUGGACAGCGAAGAAGAGCUCGCAGCCCUUCAGCAGCUCCUUCACAAAGAGACGAAGCUGCUGCAGACAAUCGAUCGGUUGAAGAAUGUUGCAGAUACUGAAAACAGGGAAAUGCAUGUGCAUGCCACACUGAGCCGGAUGUCAGAGCCCAAGAGCUGGGACCUCAGCAAUGGGGCAAAGGUGCUUGUGCACACACCUUUCACAACAAGGGCAAAGCAAAUGAUGCAGUUGUACUUCGCCACGACACUGCCCUUGGUGUCCAUUGAAGAGAGGAUGGAUGUGCUCUUGCAUGUGAAAUGGACAGCCAAGGAAUAUGACUGUGAGCUGACAAGGCAGCUGGUCAAUCUGAUUGAUCGAGAGGCUGAUCUUCUGAACAGGGGGAGGAACCAAAAGACGCUCGAGGGCUUGAGGAAGAGGAUCAGCAACACGCUGCUUGACUUCAUCGAAACCCCGGAAUUCAAUCCCGAGGCCUCCAGAUUCGUGAUUGCAAAAGAAAAGCCAGAUGCUUACAUCUACGCCCAUGUGGGCAGUGCAACUUCACUGGAACAAACAUGGAAGAAGCCGUUGUACAGCACAAUUUAA